UGGAAAACGUGUGGUGUCAGCUGCACACAAGGGAUUGGGAGGUCGGAGUGCGCUCUGAUCUGUCUCGGACAGCCCCGGAAUCCACUCUCUCUCUGGAAUAAGAUAUAUGACUAUGACCAUUGUUUCUUAAUGGAAGAUGAUUGAAAGUGGAAACUUAAAUCAAAGUGAAAUUGUUAAAGAACUGUGUUUGUGCAAUGGUUUAUCUUACGAGAUGGUUGGACAAGAAGGAUCGGAUACUUCCAAACUGGAGAUGUUUUUCUCAGGGUAUCCCCGAAUAGUUGGGUUAUCCUUGUUUCCUAACUUAUCGAGUCUCACAAUUGUUGCUCAGGAUAUAAGGGAGAUUUCAGGAUUGGAGACUUGCUUACAACUUAAAGAACUUUGGAUUGCUGAGUGCUACAUAGAGAAAAUUGAAGGCCUUCAAGAAUGUAAAAAUUUGGAAAAAUUAUAUUUAUAUUACAAUAAAAUUUCCAAAAUACAAAAUUUAGAGAAAUUAAUAAGAUUGGAAGUUCUUUGGCUGAACCACAACAUGAUAAGAACUAUUGAGGGCUUAGAGACUCUGAAGAAUUUAAAUGACCUCAACCUCGCAGGAAACCUGAUAAGCAGCAUUGGGCGAUGUCUUGAUCCCAAUGACCAACUGGAAAAACUAAACCUUUCUGGAAACCAAAUUACUUCUUUCAAGGACCUUACUAACUUGACCAGGCUGCCUCUCUUAAAGGACUUAUCUCUGAAUGAUCCUCAGUAUAAAACUAAUCCAGUGUGUCAGCUGUGCAAUUACUCCACCCACGUGUUGUAUCACUUGCCUUCUCUUCAACGACUCGACACCUUCGAUGUAUCUGCAAAGCAAAUCAAGGAACUAGCCGAUACCACAGCGAUGAAGAAAAUAAUGUAUUAUAACAUGCGAAUAAAAACUGUUCAGAGACAUCUGAAUGAAGAGCUUGAGAAACUGAAUGACAAAAAGUGCAAGUUGCAGAAGCUACCAGAAGAACGGAUAAAAUUAUUCAACUUUGCAAAAAAAAAUUUAGAACGGGAAUUAGCUGAACUCAAGGGGCUUGCUAAAGGACAAAAUGACGAUGCACCAGAGGCUGAGACACCCAAGACCAGUGAGACUGUGGCACAAGAUUCGGGUCGGCAGCAGAAGAUUCUCACCAAACUGAGCGCCCUGGAUGAAAGGGUCGCAUUCUGGAAGAAGAAACUAAAUGAAAUUGAAGCAAUUUACCAUAUCGAAGUAAGACAAAAGAAGAAGAGCCAUGGCUUAUUGACCCCGUUUUUGCUAACCGAAUUGGAGACUGUGGGGAAUAUCCACUUUGAAGAAGGCACCCAAGCUGAUGACUGGUUUAAUUCCUGCUAUGAACUAAUUCUCUCACGUUUCUGUACCUGGGACUUCAGAGCGUAUGGCAUCACAGGCGUGAAGGUCAAGCGUGUCAUUAAAGUUAACAACCGUAUUCUGAGACUGAAGUUCGAAGAGAAAUUCCAAAGGUUUUUGGAUGAUGAAGAUAUACAUGAUUUGGACUAUCGGAAGAUGCUGGAAUGUCUCUUCUAUGUCUUUGAUCCCGAAGUGGCAGUGACGAAGAAGCAGCUGCUGCAAAUCCUUGAAAAGGGGUUCCAGGAGAGCGAGACAGACAAGCCCCCUCUCCAAAGAGAAGCCGUCACCCUUGUGAACAGCCUCAGUAUGUGCGAGUGUCCCCGAAUUGAGUUCCUCCAGCAGAAGUUUAAGGAAGAGAUGAAAAAUCCAGCGGAGUAUGACCUCCUCAGAUACGGCACCAUCCUCAUUGCGAAGGUUUUUCUCGGCCAGAGCGUUCAGGCUCGUGAACAGGAGCCCAUCAGUAAAGCCAACUAUCCCAUGGUUAACUCGGUGUUCAUGCCUCAGAAACAUUUGCUAAAUUCUAUCAUAGGACAAAGACAUUGCAAUUGCAUCUACCGGCAGUUCAAGUGGUUUGUCUUUGACCAUGACCUUGUUUUGCCAGAGUACAUCGUUGAUUUUGAGUAUAUCACAGUGGUCAAAGUUCACUCUUUAUCUUCUACAUUAAACACUGUUAUUAUAGAAGAAGGCAAAAAAUAUUCUGAAGGAUUAGUAUUCUCGCAGGAGUUGAAAUUUGAUGAAGAGGUUAUGAAGAUGGAGCCCAGGAUUAAACCCCGCCCAAAACUCAUUACUUUGGAUGAUAAGACAAUAAUUUCCCUUGCUAAGACUGACAAUUACAGCCAUAUUGUGAAUCUGAAUCUGCACGGGAACAGCUUGAGUAAACUGAGAGAUCUUUCCAAGUUAACCGGACUUCGAAAGCUGAACAUUAGCUUUAACGAAUUCACCUGCUUAGAUGAUGUGUAUCAUUUGUAUAACCUUGAGUAUUUGGACGUCAGCCACAACCACGUGAUAACUCUGGAGGGCUUCCGAGGCCUGAUGAAACUGAAGCAUUUAGACCUGAGCUGGAACCAGCUAAAGAAGACGUGCGAUGAGAUCAACGUGCUGUGCAAACACACCACGAGCCUCCUCACCCUUGACAUCCAGCACAACCCCUGGCAGAAGCCAGCCACAUUGAGGCUGAGUGUUAUUGGCAGACUAAAGACACUUACACACUUAGACGGAAUCCUCAUCUCUGAAGAAGAAACCAGAGAAGCGCUGAAGUUCAUUAAUGGAACAAAGAUUACUCAGCUAACUCUCUUACAGCAUUCCAGUUCCGAAGAGGAAAGACCUCGGAUGCUUAGUAUCUGGCCUUCUGCCAAAAUUCUGACACAAAUUUCAAAGUUAGGACCACAUUUCCAUCUGACUGGGAACUGGCACUUGAAGAUAACAGCCUUAAAUUUAGAUGGACAACAUCUCUUUGAAAUCACAAAUCUAGAAAAAUUGGAGAAUUUGAAAUGGGCAUCAUUCAGCAAUAACAAUCUCUCCAAAAUGGAAGGCUUGGAGUCCUGUGUCAACCUGGAGGAGCUCACGUUAGACGGCAACUGCAUCUCAAAAAUAGAAGGCAUCGCCAGGCUGACCAAACUAAGCCGCCUCAGCAUGAACAACAACCUGCUCACCGGCUUGGAAAAGCACACUUUCGACAACAUGCUGCAUCUCCACUCGCUUUCUCUCGAGAACAACAGGAUCACAUCUCUGAGUGCUUUACAAAAGACGUUCACCCUGAUAGAGCUGUACAUAAGCAACAACUACAUAGCUGUGAACCAGGAGAUCUACAACCUAAAGGGUUUAUGCAACUUGGUCAUCCUAGACAUGUACGGAAACAUUAUUAUAUGGAACCAAGAAAACUACCGGUUGUUCGUAAUAUUUCAUCUUCCAGAACUGAAGGCCUUGGAUGGACUCCCAAUUGAACCUCCGGAGAUCGAGAAUGCAAAAGAUUUGUUUGGUGGUAGACUUACGUCUGACAUGAUUGCCGAACGACAAGGACACUCCAACUUUGUUCAAAUGCAAGAACUAAACUGGACUUCGUCAUCCAUCAGGACUGUCGAUCUGAUUCCUGUUGACCAGUUCAGGAAUGUGUGCAACGUGAACCUGCAGAACAACAACCUCACCUCAUUCAGCGGCCUCAUCUACCUGCCCAACGUGAAGGUCUUAUGCCUCAACUAUAACCAUAUCGAAUCAAUCAUGCCUAGACUAAAGCCUCAGACUCACUUAAGCAACAGACAACUGCUCUACCAGAAAGUGCCUUCCAGUGGCUAUGGACAGCAAGGAACCUCAAAACUAAAUAGAGAUGCAGUAAGCAAAGAAAACAUGGCUCCGAUAAUGCAGAGUUUAGAGGUUCUUCAUUUGGGAUACAACGGAAUUUGUAACUUAGUCCAGCUACAACUUAACAGACUAAGAAACUUAAAAUUCCUCUUUCUGCAGGGGAAUGAGAUCAGUCAGGUCGAAGGGCUGGACAACCUGAUCGUCCUUCAGGAGCUGGUCGUCGACCAUAACCGCAUCCGAGCGUUCAAUGACAGUGCUUUUGCCAAACCGAGUUCCCUGCUGACCCUUCACCUGGAGGAAAACAGGCUGCGAGAGCUGGGCAAAUUGCAAUCGUUGGUCAAGCUGGAGAAACUCUUCCUUGGAUAUAAUAAAAUCCAGGAAAUUGCAGAACUGGAAAAGCUUGAUGUUAUCCCUUCUCUCAGAGAGCUUACUGUCUAUGGCAAUCCAAUUUGUAGAAAAAUGGCACAUCGCCACGUGCUCAUAUUCCGCCUGCCGAAUUUACAGAUGUUGGAUGGAAUUCCUAUAACUACAGAUGAUAGGACAAAGGCUGAGUUUCAUUUCUCUGAACUACAAGCCAAGAAAAAUUCGGUAAUCCAGAGUAAUUUCCCCACUUCAAAGUUCUUACCUCAGUCACACCUGCAAACUCCUUUGUCAUGUAAGUUCGUUCCUGUUACCAGCUCUCCUGCGGACAGUGGACUGUUCUGUCCAAUAACAAAUGUUAAUCUGCCUGCUGGAUUUAGCCAUUUCUUGGGACCUGACUUCACCUUGACUCCUGAAGUUGAAGGAAUCUGGACAGCCAGGAAGAUGAACGAGCAGCCUCCAACAAAGGAAGGAAGGAAGGAAGAAGAAAGAAAAGAAUAAAGCUUAAAACCAACUAAGUCAAAGCUAUGAUCAUGCUAGUUAUUGCUUAUUUCACAAGUCAUUUGUGUGUCUGUGGGGCAUGAAAUGUUUUAUUUUGAAAGGUAUUUCAAUAUGAAACUCUUUUUAACUCCCUGUCAUUUAACAUCGUCAUACUUGACUUACACAACACACAUGCUCAUCAACAUGAGACAAUGUAAAAUUCUACCUAUCCCGUGAUCAUUUUAAAGGUGUGUGUAUCAGACAGAGGUGUAGCUCGUUGGUAGAGUGUUUAUCUGGCACACACAAAGCCCCAGACUUGAUCCCUAGCACCCCAUUAACCGGAUGUGGUGGUGCCUGUAACCCCCACAGAGGAGGUAGAAGAAGAAGAUAAACUCAAGGUCAUCUAUAGCCACACAGGGAGUUAGGAUCAGACGUAUAAUAUGUAAAAACCUGCCCCCAAAACAAAUAUCAUAAUCUGUGAUAUAAAGAAAUCAAGUAAAUUUCAACAAACCAAUAAAUGUCACACUGUCACUUCCUUUUCCUGAUGCUUUUCUUUCUUGGCUACCUUUUCACAUAUACUUUGCCAAUCUUUCCCAGUCUCAAGACUUCAACUAGUUUUCUAUAUUUCUAGUUACUUUUAUGUGCUGGAAUAUACCACAAGUCCUUUAGAAGCAUGUCAAUUUGAUUUUGUUAUCUUUCUUUUCAGGGUGGCUCUUCUUUUUUUACUUAUUUGUUUCUGUAUUUAUUUACUUGUGUAUUUCAUGUUACCUCAGACUUGGUGUAGACACUAAACUUGAAGUCUGGCCUCAUCUUCAUUCUCUCUUCUUAAGUCUCCUUAUUCCCACUCAAUCCAAUCAUUUACCGUUCUAACCAGUUGUACCUCUAAUUGAAAAGCUCAGUUUCCUAAUGCCCUUCAUGAACUCUCCAUUUUUUUUUUUGCCUUUAUCCCACUAUUCCUGGUUCUGCAGCUUUGCAUUAUUUUCUAUACCCUCUGCCACUCUGGUAUGAACUGAAAACAGACAUUGCCAGUAUACCAUCACAUAAAACCUGUACACUAACUACAGAUGUCUCCACAUCUUUGGCUGGUUCAGCUGUAUCAUGUUGUUCAUCACCUAUUUAUUUCAGAUGAAUCAGCAAGGUAGUAAAACUAGAUGAACCAUGAAGCCCAAACAGACAUGGGCUCAAUUCCAGGCUUCAUUUGUUUGAUAUUUCUGAAAUUCAGAAGCCUAUAAUUGAAAUUAAAUUAACAACAAAUACCUCAUAGGGUUACCAUUAAAUGCAGUACAUAAAUGCACCUACCUCUAUAUGGCCUAAAUAUUGUUAAGAAUGAAGUACUAUCUGGAGUACACCCUUUGUCACAUCUUUAUUCCACUAAUUCAACUUGCCUUUUAUAAUUGAACUAUAGCCAUCCUCUGUUUUCUCAGAAUAUUUUAUGUACUACUCCUGCAUUCUUGUAACUACAAAUGUCCUUGUUUAUCUCCCAAGAUACAUUUUGGUAAGCCUCUUGAGAAUCAUAUUAUUUUAUUUGAGUUUUUUAGCUACAAGAAUCAGUGCGGUUUCUGGUAAAUAAGAACCAUGACUUUAAUAACUGUUGGAUGACUGUUAUUAAACAAAUAGUAGCUAACAGCUUUGUUCCAUAUACUACUAAGUUUAUUUUAAGACAAUGCAAUAUUUAAUGUGAUCAGAAAAAUAGAAAGAUGUGUCAAUAGCAGGUAUUUCAACAACAAGGACAGGUUAAUUCUAGUUGGGUCACAGAGAGUACUACUGGGAAUAAAGAAUAUUUUAAAGCCUCUUUAUUAAAAAAAAAAACACAAGAGUUCACCCUUAAUAAGUACGUAAAUUUUGCCAGUUACUGUGCUAAAUGAUUUAACUCAAUCUACUUAACCUUUCUGUGAUAAAUUACCUAUUGUCUCUAUUUUAUAAGAUGUGGAAACUGUAGAGCAAAGAAAUGAAGCAAUCCCAAUCCCAUGAGCAAUGAAUAGUGAUGUCAGAGUUCUGAUCUAAGCUUCCUGACUGGAGUGUCUCCUUGUAAUCACAUUGUCCUCAUACUUCUUAGAGGUGACUGCAAUUUCAAAGAUUAUUAACUUGGUACUCUUGACCAGGGGUGAUGGAGCUUAUCUUUCCCAACAAAGAUGGGUCCUUGUGGGUAGAGCAGGACUAUAUCUCCUUUUACACUCUUAGACUAUGAAGAUGCUGAACUAUAAGUCUGUCUAUAAACUGUGUCUUUAAUUUGUACAUAUUGGCACAUCAAUGCUACCUCACAGUUUUCUUCCUCCUGUUUUCAGGAACUACAAUUUACAACUAGAAAUGUUUUGUCUUUUUAAAGUAAGUCUUGAUUUAUUUUUUGCACAAAAUUUUUAUCCCAUUAUGUUCUGAAAGCCCAAAGGCUCAGUUGCUACAUAAACUACUGUAAGUUACUAUAUAAACUUGAGAAAAAAAUAAUUUCCAUUUAUAAUUUUUGGGUUAAGAUACAAAUAAAUCAGUUCUCGGGCCACUUGGGAGUGUCAAAUAUAUAAAUGUGUUGGAAUAUCAUCCACACAAGGAGACACAAAUACCCUUACACCAACAACUUGGCAUCAGAGUUCCUUGCAUGAUGAGUCAGUUGAGAUGAUUGUUAAAACUUCAAGUUACCUUGAAGACUCUCAACUAGCAACCUACAAAUAUGUUUAGAACUUGAAAUAAAGUUGAAGAAUCAGGAUGGCAGAUGUUGAAGGUAUAGGUAAAUUUUAAACAAGAAUAGUGGGUCUUAGUAAAGAUUUAUGGAUAUGAAAUGAAUGCCGCACUAAAAAAAUUAUCCACUAUUUUUAGGAGAUAGUUAGAACAGAAGAAAUUUUCCUUUAUUGAUAAAAUAACAUGUUUCAUUAGUAACAUGUUUCAAUUAUGGGCAUUCUCCAUACCUAAGAAUGCUGCUACAAAUCUACUCAUGGGGAAAAAAAAGAAAUAUAAUAAAGAGAAGAUUCCA